UCCAAACUUUCCAAUACAUAUACCUACUUUUAAAUGUAUUCUGUACAGUCUCAUUCGCCAUGGUUAAUAUCAAAUGAUCACUGGAUUCCCAAUACGCCUGAUGAUCAAAAUUCAAUUGAUGCUCCUGUAAUAAUAACUACAACCACUUCCCCAGAUCUAUACAGACAGCACAGCCUUUCAGUAAAUACAGAUGAUCUUCUCCGCUCACCGGAUAGCAGCUCGGAACGCCCGCACUCACCAGGCGCCUUUACAUACUCGUCGUCACCAUCAUCAGUCAGCUAUAUGACACAAAGCCCAGAAAGAGGAAAGCAGCGCUUACACAUCUCUCAUCAAGAUAAAGAUGGAAACAACGAUACAAGAAUAAUGAUGUUUUCUCCAGACGAAGAUAAAUUUUCUAGCCUAAUCACACGAAUUCAGCACAAACUCAACGACCCAACUAUAAACAGACUGAAAUAUCUCAGCAGGGAUGGAAUAGAGAUAGUGGUAGGAGAUGAUGAGGAUCUCGAAGUUGCCUUGUACUUGGAGGUCAUUACACAAGAGAGUCGGGCUGCGCAUUUCCAGAAGGCUUAGUGACUGGGUUGCGCAAAAUGGCUCAGAGGGAUUUUUGCUGCGAGUGAAAUCAGAAAAUAGAAAUCGUGCUUUUUUAUAAGCUCUGACGGAUGAUAGGUUUCCCCCUCGGCCUCUUUUCUCUUCUAUCCAUUUUUUUUUUCAUUUACCAUGACUUUUGAACCAAAGAAUAGCGAUUACAACAUGGG